AUGGCUGUCCAGAAACUUCUGUACACCUCAUUGAUCGUUGCUCUUCUUGCGGUUGUGUACUCGGCUAGUUCUCGAUUCGCAAACAUCCCGAAAGCUCCCCUCGACAACCCUUGUAAACGCCCGCCUUAUACGGUCCGGACAUUGUCUUACGACCCACUCAUCCAACAUCUCGAAAACUUCAUCACACCCCAAGAAUCUCGACACUUGGUCGCCAUUGCGCAACCUAGGUUUGAGCGGUCUCUUGCCAUCAGAACGGACGGGCGAUCUGUGGCCGCCCAAGAGAGGACGAGCUCCACCGCAUACCUGCCGCCAGACGACCCUGUCGUUCAAUGUAUCACGUCCAGGGCUUCCGAGUUCCAGGGAUACGUGGAUACUGGCAUGAUGGAAGACCUCCAAGUCACGCGGUAUCUGGAGGGACAACAGUACACGAAUCACUAUGACUGGGCAGCCAACCCUGCCGCGAGAAACCAGACGACAAACCGGGAAACAACUUUCUUUGCCGUCCUCGAUGUCGACUGCGUCAGCUGCGGGACCAGGUUCCCCAAAAUCUCGGUCGACUGGGGCCUCGAAGACCCGAAGUGGUGCGAGUUCGUUGAUUGCGCGGCUUCUACGGCGCUGACCGUGCGGGCGGUUCCCGGAAGUGCUGUCUUUUGGCGCAACCUUCACGCCGACGGAGCCGGUGACUUGCGAACGUUGCAUGCCGGAUUACCUGCGGUGGGAGGCAAGAAGAUCGGGAAGCUACUUGGCCCUUCUUCGUUAGGCGGCGAUGCGAGAUGCAUGGAAGAAUUCGUGGGCAGAGUAGGCCGGAAAUCCAGCUUCACUCGGGCUCAGAUCUUGCGAUGCUCUAUGGAACUCUUGCUCAUUAUCCUCCUCGCUGCCACGUUUGCUGUCCUUCUCAGAGAGAGCAGCCAGAGGAAUCAGGUCUUGGACCCUCAUGUCUUCCGCGCCGGGAGCGAUUAUAAUCAUUUCGUGCCCCAUGGUAUCGAUGCCAAGCUCGCAAAGGUUGUGUACGGGAUUUCAACUGACGUUCAGAGCAGAUCCGAGGCUUUCCACGAUCUUGGAACGUUGAAUCAGACACUCGCGUCUUGGCAGACGCUCUCCCAUGGAUUUGUCCGCGCCACGCCCUAUGACGGUAGCGGGGCCCAGAAGCCCUUUGCAGGAGGUCUAUUUGAAAUCGCCGCCUUUCAUCAAAUACACUGUCUGAAAUCCAUCCUAGAAGACUUUGGUCUCCUUGCCGCCGGUGUGCCCAAAAACCAGCUGCCUGGCUACUCCAGCGGCGUCACGCUCACCUGGGAGGAGCACAAGGCGCACUGCUUCAACUACGUCCGGCAAGCUCUGAUGUGCUUUGCCGACUCCACCGCCGAGGGCCACAUGGACAAGGACCCCCAUCGCGUAGCAGACCGUGGUGUUAUGCACGUCUGCAAUGAUUUUGACUCGCUGCUGGCAUGGUCACGGCAGCCAGAACGAGCGCUACCCAGUGACUGGAGGAUCACGGAUUAA